CCACUUUGCCAAAGAGUGGGUGCUAGUGUGCAAUUGUGUCUAAUCUAUGUGAAACCAGUGCUGAGGAAGUAGGAGGGUGGGGGAAGGAUCUGCUGAAACCGCCGUGUCCGGGAUCGAGCCGACACACAGCCUGGAAAGUUUGAUUUGAAGAGAGCAAGUUCUCUCACACAUGUCAUGGCUUGAAAAUGUUGGUGUUCGCGAAAGUAGAGCGGGAGCGAACGGCGCCGCGCUUAGGUUGAGAUAUUUACGCUGGAGUAGAAGCUGGGCCGGAUCAUAGCACACACAUACAGAGAUAGAGAGUUCCGCGAAAUCACGAACCCAACUCCUUCUGCACUCUAACCUUUGUGGAGGGGAGAGGGGAAAUUCACACACGAAUUGGCGUUUUUUUCAAAUCCAGCUGAGUGCAGCGCCCUACGCCGCUAAUAGCCGAAAUCAUUUCACAUCGCUUUGUGUUGAACAUUGCCUCGUUCCUUGCUGUUACUGUUACAGCCGAACAAGGGAAGACAAAAAAAAAGUCUGCUGACGAGAAGUCUGCUGUUGUAAAAACUGAGAGUGAUGGAAAUGCAGGUAUCAGAAUCUGGAACUGCAACUCUGCCUACUUCAGGCAAAAGAUCCAAGCCAAAAGCCCCAGCACCACCAAUAUUCUCCAAGCAUGUUGAGAGUUCUUCAGUAACUAAGAGCCGAGAGGGUGAAAGUAAAACCAUGGAACAGGAAAACAACAAUGUGAACAGUUACUUCGAUUUGACUGUGGUUCUGCCCGGAGGAAUGGAGCAGUCGGCCAGUAUAAAUGGAAGCACACCCAUGAUGGAUUUGUUAAUUUUCCUUUGUGGCAAGUAUCAUUUGAAUCCUUCAAAUCAUACUAUAGAAUUGAUGGGAAGGGAGAAGAAUCAAGUCCAGUUCAAACCCAACACAUUGAUUGGGGCAGUUGAAGUGGAGAAAAUUAUUCUGAAGCAGAAAAAUAUAGAAGAAAAGAAAAAGCCUGUAUCAAUGAUGCCUGAGCAAACAGUACGUGUUGUAGUAAACUACAAGAAAACACAGAAAACAAUAGUACGUGUUAGUCCUCUUGUUCCUCUUCAAGAACUUGUUCCAGUAAUCAGCAAUAAAUGUGAAUUUGAUCCAAAAAGCACUAUUCUCAUCAAAGACUUUGAGUCUAAGGAGCCCUAUGACUUAACAAAAUCUCUAAAGGAGCUUGGCAUACGAGAGGUAUACGCAUUGGACACUAGUGUAGGAUUCUCCCAGGCUAAUUUUCAAGAUGGAUCCAUUCAGCAAGGACAAUUUCACAUUCCUGCAAAUGCAAAUCUGGAGAAGGAAAAUAAAGGUUUCUUCAAUGUGUUUAGACUGAGUAAGAAGAAGCGUGAAAAACCGGCAAGUGCUCCUGCAACCCCACUAGUAAGCCAGCAAAGACCACUUGGCAUGAGCAGUGCAAGUGCUUAUUGCCCAACAUAUGAAUCUAAUACCUUGCCUUCAGAUCUGCCAAAGAAAAGACGGGCACCUGCACCCCCGCUAACUGUUUCACAGAGUUUUCCAAAAGAUUUAACUCAGCAAUCAUCGACUAGACCAACGUCGUAUGUUUUUCCUGAUGCUUCUGUGAAUUCUACUGAACAGGUUUUGCAAAACUUGACAGAUUCUAGCAGACAAAGAACGGGGUCACUUGGUGGUGAAGUUGCAACUACAAGAAAAACCAAAAGAAAGGCUCCCCUGCCUCCAACUAAAAUAGGAGAUCAAAAUCCCCAAGAUAAUAAAUCAGAUUUUAAUCAAGGAUCGGUGGAUUUAUGCCCAAGUCCUGAUGCUGCAGAUAAGGCUUCUGCUAACAAAAUACCAGAUACCUCAGCUGAUGGUCAAGCUGGCAUUGGAUCGGAAGGUAAUCUUGAAGAGAUUAUUGAAACAGAAGAAAUCAGAGCUCCAGACGUCAAUGAUACAAAAGCUGUUGUUAGUAAAGGAGACGAGGCACUGUGCCCACCAAUUUCCCUAAAUGGCGCAUCCAGUUUUCAAAAUGUACAGACUUCGGAUGAGUAUAAUUCGUUUGCUGUGACAGAUAAAGAAACUAAUAUCAAAUCUGAGGGCAAAAUAAGUACAGCUGAAGAUGUUUGCAACCAAAUUGUGACAGAAAAGGAUAAAAAUUCAAAGACAGAUAUAGAUAAGGAUCUAUCAGUGGCAAACACAAAUGUUGAAGAACAACAGAUUGCAGAAAAUAAACACAGUGAUAUGUAUCAGAGAGAUUCAGAUGGAAUGCCAAGCGUGAAGACCAUGUUACCACCCGAUAAACGAAUAACAGGAGAGUUGAUUCAAACUUCAGAAGAAACAAGCAUUUCUGGUGAUGCUGGAACCAGUCCUGUGGCAAGACAUUCUGCCAAUUCUCCAUCAUCAAAUGUACCUGAUAAAGACAAUCAAAAACAUUCCGACACAGUGGAGAUCAAUGAGCUGGAAAUUAAAAAAAGUAAUUCUGAAGAGUCUAAUAAAGAAGUAGAUUUUCAGAAUGUCCACUGUACUGGUGCAACAGAGAGUACCGUUAUCCUAACAUCAUAUGCAACCUUGAAAGGCACUUCUGCAGAAUGCCCACAAGUCAAUAAUUUUACUCUGCUGGAGUCUUCAGAGCAACAGAAUUAUGCGCCAGCAUCAAAUAUGUCUGCUGAUGCAACUGAAUGCACACUUGCUGAUAAGCAGGAUAAGAUGCAUGUUAACCAACCAGCUAAAGAAUGCUCAGCAUCCAAUGAUUCUCUUGCAUCAUUGUCAACCAAAGAUGCCAGCAGAAGUCCAGAAAGUCCGACAAAGAUUCCAGUGCUAUAUAAGUGUGAGUCUGAGCCUAAGCCUAAGCCUUCAAAUGAAAUCACAAGAGACUAUAUACCAAAGAUUGGAAUGACAACCUACAAAAUUGUUCCCUCAAAGUCAUUAGAAAAUGAAGCAUUUGUCACGUAUGGAGUCAUGCCAGAAGCUGAAAUACCAGAUCAGCCAACAGCAUCUUAUGUUGUCACAGUGCCUGACACUUCAAAAGAGUCAACAAAGCAGCUUGGUACAUCAGAAGAACCUCUAACUAACGUUAUAAGAGAGCUAACAGCUUUUCACCAAGGAGCUCACUUUGAUAAAAGUGCUAAAGGAAGAUCCAUUAAUCCUUCCAUUAAAACCUCUCACCUAGAAACAACAGAUUCCAAAUUGCUGGCUGAUACUGAAGAUGCACAAUCCAAGGUGCGAGUAAAUAGAAGAACUCAGAGUACUUCAGAGAAGAAAAUGAAUGCUGGAUCAGCCUUCCUCCAGCUGCAUAAAAGGAGCUCAGGACAAUAUGUUAGCUCUGCUCUAGCUAGAAGUGCUAGUUUACCUUCUCAAUCCAGCAUUGAUAGAGGUGACAAAUUCUCACCAAAGGAGGAAAAUGGAUUGACAAUUCAGGAAGUUACUCCGAUAAAUGCAGAUGAUCUAAAUAUUAUAAUUCCACCACCUCCAGAAUUUACUGUAAUUUCUGAAGGUAAUGCCCAGAAAGAAUUGCCCAAAUCUGGGGAGACAUCUAUAUCUCGACCUUCAAAACCUCCCAAAGUACCAAAGAAGCCAUCUGUUCGUGUAACAUUAGCUGACACAAAAGCUGUCAGAACUACUGUUGCUGCAAAAACAUACAGCCCUACCUCACCAUCACCUUUUGCUCGUGCGGUGUCUUCAGCAGUCAAGAAAGCACAAACAAAUCCAACGUGUUCCUUUAAACCCAAGAGUGCUGGAAUUGAUUCAUCAACCCUGUCCUCUCCAACUAAUUCUGCAGAAAGAGAAUUGCAUCCAGCUUUAACAGUUCAUAAUGAGUCCGGUCACAACAGCUUACCAAAACAGACUUUGUCUCCUGUAGGAGGACAAGAAAUGGAUUGCUGUAAAAUAGUGGGAAAUGAGGCACAGCACGUUCAACCACAAUUGCCAUCUCCUUUAAGUACAUCAAAACCUGCUUUAAUUUCCCAAAUGAGUGACCCAGGAGAAAUUCACCGAGCUGUUCUGGAUGCUGUUCGCUCAGGGGAAGGAGCUGCCAGACUUAAAAAGGUGGACACACUUCCCAUGAUGUAACUAUAUGCAUUAAUAAUUUACUAAAACAAAGUUGAUCAGCUUUAAUUUUAAAUUUAUUCAGUUACAACUGAGAUAUUAUCCAACAAUUACUAAACUCUGUAAUACACAGUUAUGAGUAUCUUCUUGCACUACAUAUUGCAAUUCACUGGAAUAUAAGGGGCCUUGGCUCAAAGUUGACUCGAUGUGAUAGCUGUAAUUGUGAACCUGAAAUACAAAUAUCUGUACUAUACAUGUGUGUUGUAUGUGAAAAUUAUGUGCACUUAUAACCAAAACAAUCUCAAUUAUACAUCUUUAAUCUGUAUUUCCCUAUAAAAUCAACAUUUUUGCAUACAGAUUUUACGCUGUACAUAAAAAGAUAUAUAAUAAUAGUAAAAGCAUUUUUGUAAUAAGGACUAAAACUAUUUUAAAUGUAAUUGACAAAUAUAUGUUGCAAUUUAUUUUUAAAUCCAACUACUGUCUUCAGCCUUUUUGGCUUUUAUAAUUUAGCGAUAAGCCCUCCAAUUAUUCAACAAAAAACCAACCAAUAUUUGGUUUUCCUAGCAGUGUUGUAUUUCCAUGUUGUAAUUUCAAGUCUUUGAUGUUCCCAAAACAAUGGGUUUCAUUUUUCUGACCAAUGGGGGCAAGACCUAGGUGGUAUAUGGAUGCAGGACACCUGAGAAAAGCAGGGGAAACCAUGUUGAUAUGCCAUCAGGUUAAUUUUCCAUGGUUAAGCAUGGACUGUGGUCAACAGCCUGUACCUCCAGAGACAGACAGACAGACAAGUGAGAUAAAUUAAGGCUCCAGCUAGUGAUUAUUUACUAAGCAUGCUAGUGUUUUGAUGUCUGUGGAAAUGUCCUUGCAAUGUAUAGAGGCUGCCAUUACAGUGGAGGUGGCCUGCUUUUGGCAUAGAGCUGUCAAAGGUGGAGGCUCCAUUCUCUGAAAGAGGGGGAUGUGGGCAGGAGUACCCCCACCUGCAGCCAACGAAAUCCACUUGGAAAACUUUCCCCUCUGCUCUGAGAGGCCUGGUAGCUUUACCACUGGGAAUUUUUAAUUUAAAUGAACAUCUCAGAAGGCACCUCCAUGUUGAGGCAUCCUUAUGGGCCUCAAUCUGCCUCACCUUUCCUGUGUUUUGUUGAGGCUCUGAAACUGCUCGCCUUCUGAUUGCUUUGGUAUCAUUAAGAGCUCGCGCACUGCCCUUAAUAGUUCAGUGAGCACAGAGGCAGCCGGUUAAAGAGGCGGUCACUGGGAAAAUUGCACCUUCAAGUUGCUGCCAGCAAAUGGGAGCUUGGGGAUCCCCAUCUGGUGCCAAAAUUGGGGUCCGAAAGCCUGCUGUAAAAUCUAGUUUUGUAAUGAACUCUUUACCUCUCCAGCAAUUUAGAAGCAUUUAUGGGAUCAAUUAGCUGGCACUUUACUUCAAACUUAAAGCCAAAUCAAUAGGUACUUGAUUGUGUCAUACCAAUAAAAGCAUAUCAAAUAUUUGGUGGAAGUUUUCUGUAGAUAGAAACUAGCUUGUAUUCUUAUUGAACUGUUACAAGGACAUCUGUCAUAUAAGUGUUAUGCCAAGGAAUGGAUUAAAAUUGAUAUAUCAUCUUCAGCUUUAAUGUUUCAAAGAUUAGUUUGAUUAAGAAAUAUCAGUUGAUGAAUUACUUUUGAAGAAAAUGUUUAUAUAAAUUAAUUUUGCUUGAUGUAGAAGGAAAAUGAAACAAUUGCAAAUAAUGUAUCUGAUAUCACUCCUUGAAACAAUUAACUCUAAGUCUGUAUUCAAUACUUUAUUCAAUCAUUGAAAAGCUAUUUUAGGGUGGGGCAAGGGUAUUUUAAUGUAUAAAAUGGCUUGGGUUAGUCAAUUUAUAACAACGCUUGUCUUUGCAAAACUUUUGAAAUAUUUAUUUUGAAGUAAGAACACUGUCAAUAUGGCUUGGGCUUAUUUUUUGAAAUGUUCACUUUCAGUUUUGAAUAUGUUUCCUGAUUUAGCACUGUAUGUAAGAAUUCACAACUUAAGUUCUGCAAUAUUCAAUGCUUCAAUUUCUAUAUGUAUGUUAAGAGCACAUCUUUGAAACAUUAAAUUCUUUUACCCUGUUUUUGUUUAA